AUGGGCUCUGCAAUUAUCAUUCCCAACAUCGCAAACGGAGAAUCCACUGGUCCCGAGUUGAAUCCCACUGAUGAGUCUCUGGGCCGGGUUACCAGUGAUUCCGCCUGCUGUGCUGCAGCCGACCUCCUCGGUUGGUCCUUGAUGCCACAAUCAACAUUCAAUGAACGACUAGGACGACUGGAUGGCGGGGAUGACGAUCAAGCCCCUGGGGGCAAACAAGCCAUCGUGGAAUGGCGAAAACAUGUGCCUCUGUCCCCUGAUGUUGAUGAGCAGCUUGAAUCAUCUCAUGUUCUAGACCUACUUCUUGAGAUAGCAAAAUGGCACAGUCUGGUCAACGAUGGUCCGUUGGACCGUGAUAACACUUAA